UAGAGAAAGAGGAGCAGGCGCUGAACGAGAAGUAAAUAGUGAGUGAAAAACCCUGAGAGAAGACCAAUAGUUUUCUAGAAAGUGCUGUAGAAAUUAAACAUUAGAUCCUGCAUGGCACAUUCAGCUGACGACAAACUCACAGCGAUGGAUGUGGAGAGGAUUAUCGAGUGCAUAAGAGAGGGCGAUCAGAAAGGACUAAAGGCAGAAUUACAGCAAUUUAAUCGAGAGUACGCACAGUGUUUUUUCUACGAUUUGGAGGAGAGGGAGAGGAAAAAAAGGCAGGAGCUGGAAGAGUUCCGAAAGAAUAAAGUGCGUGAUUAUGUGUCGGACUCCGAUUCAGACUACGAUGAGUCCAGUAACCCAGAUGUUCUUUUAAGACAGGCUCUGGCCACAGUUUUGAUCAGGUUCCUUCAGACUGAACCGCAAGGCCGUGUGCUGAAAGCAUGUCUGAGAUCCCUACGGAUUCUCUCCAGGGACAAGAAGGUUUUGGGGCCGCUGGUCACAGACAGAGCUCUUCUGACUCUAGCACACCUUGGCGGCAUCAGCAACGCCCCUGUACCAAAAGAAGACACUGACGGGGAUGGAGACCCCUACACUGAUGUCAUGGUGGCCAUUUCUGAGCUCAAACUGGGCCGAGCGGAGGAGCCCGAUUAUGAGGAAGACGAUGGUUUUGGGGCAGUAAGCAGUGAAUCCAAUGAGCUGGCGGUUUGGGGGCCUGGAGACUGGUGUGGAGAGAGAAAGGCCAGCACCUUCUCAAACAUGAGCCUCGGGCCAACCCGCAGGAGGAGCAGCGUUUUUAAAGCUCUGAUGCCUGGGAAACGAGACAGCAGAGGAAGUCUGGGAGGAGCCGAGGAGGAGGAGGAAAAAGAUGAGGAGGAAGUCCACAGGAAGGAAGUGAUGAAAAUCUUCUGUAACAUCGUUUACAAUAGUGCUUGGGCACAAGAGAGAGCCAGCGAACUCAGUCUCCUCUGUGGUCUGACAGAGAAGCUCAGUAGGGAGUUUCAUUCGGCUUCCUCCACCGCUGGCCAGUUUUACACACUGCGCUUCAUGUUUUUACUGACAGCGCUGAGACCUGAACUCAGAGCACAGCUCAAACAAGAGGGCGGAGUGCCUCUGUUGACCGCCGUGCUGGAGCGCUGUUUAUCAGUGCAGUGGCGGAGUCAGUAUGAGGUGCUUCUAGACUCCACAGCGCCUCCCAUACGUGUGGAGGAAUCACAGCAGGCGCAGGAGGCCCUCAAGAUCCUCUUUAACAUCACACACAGCACACACACGCAAGAGCCCGAAGAGGAUGACGCGUCUCUCUAUCGCCACCUGGCUGCGGUUUUACGUCACUGCCUGAUGGUUUCCUGUGAGGAGGAGGAAGCUGCAGAUGAGUUGAAGGGGCAUGCAGCCAACACUCUGUCCGCUCUCCCGCUCAGCUGUCUAGAUGUUCUGGUGUGUGUCCCCCUGGCUCCAGACUCACACCAGAUCAAUGGAGCCAACAUGGACUGUGUGCACAACCUGCUCACAUACAUGGAGAGAAAGCUGGAGCAGGGUGAGAAGGUGAAGGAGAGACUGACCCCAGUGCUGAACUUGCUGGCCGAAUGCUCCAGAGCUCACAGAGACACCAGACUCUACCUCAGACAACAGAUUUUGCCUCCGCUAAAAGACGCCAGCACUAAACCUGAGAAGGGAAGCACCAUGAGGAAUCGUCUGGUCAGACUGAUGACCCAUCUGGACACGGAGCUCAAACACUGCGCUGCUGAUCUGCUCUUUGUGCUGUGCAAAGAGAACGUGAGGCGUUUCGUCAAGUACACUGGAUACGGAAAUGCCGCCGGGCUUCUGGCCACAAGAGGUCUGCUCGGAGGUCAAAGGUCAUCAGCCUCUUCAUCAGGCACACGUUACUCCAGCGAUUCAGACUCGGACACGGAGGAGUACCGGCAGAUUAAAGACAAGGUGAACCCAGUGACGGGACAGGUGGAGGAGGAGCAGCACAACCCCAUGGAGGGAAUGACGGAGGAGGAGAAAGAGGAGGAGGCGCACCGGCUCAUCAGCCUCUUCAGCAAACUCUCCAAGGAUAAUGUGAUUCAGCCGAUGGGACUGAAUAAAGAGGGUCUGCUGGUGCCGCUGUCCGAGCUCAGAGAUCUGUCCAUGGAGGAGAAAGAAUCAGAAGAGGAUCCGGACGACCUGGAGAACGUGGAGUAGAUGAAGCCGACAGAACUGACUGGAUCAAAACAUUUAGCAGAUCAACAGCUUAACUCGAAAAACACACACUUAACAUUUACCUGGAUAUAUAGUCCAGUAAUUCAUAUCAAAAAGGUUUGUGGUAAGUAAAACAUAACUCUUAUAAAUACUUUUAUUGAGCCAGGAUUCUUUACAGUUAUCAAAAGUGACAUUAAGGACAUCUAUAAUAUUACAAAAGAUCCCUUUUUCAGACAGACGCUGUUCUCUUAGAGCAAAGAAUCCUAAAUACACAGUAAUAGAUGCUGCGUUCAACACAAUCAAUACACUACAGCCAAUUUAGCUUAUUCAAUUCUCCUAUAGCGCAUGUGUUUGGACUACAGAGGACACUGGAGCACCAGAAGGUAACCCACAUUGACACGGGGAGAACAUGCAAACUCCACACAGAAAUGCCAAAUGACCCAGCCGGGACUUGAACCAGCAACCUUUUUG